UGUGGUUGCAAAAAGCGCACUGUAGACUUUAUGCACACAAAAUGAACAAACUGCGUGAAAGGCUCUGAGGCAAGGGUAUGAAGUCGGAUUAUAAAACCGAAGCUCCAAAGAAACACAGCUCAGCAAAGGUGUUUAGCGCCAUCACGGAUGUCUACCGAGAUGAAGGGGUGAACCCGACUUCACACCAAGAGAGCCUUGCCACUCUGGUGGAGAGGGCUGAGAGGCUGCUGAAGGGCAGAACUGAAGGGGGAGACAAGCAGGCCAUUUUCCUGCUGGGACAGCUGUACUAUUAUGAGGGGCGCUAUGCGGAGGCAGAGAGAAGCUUUGACGGCAUUAAGGACAACGACCCCAGAGCCCUCUUCCAGCUAGCUGUCAUGUAUUAUGAUGGCCUGGGCACUGCUAAGGAUCAUCCCAGGGCAGUGGACUACAUGAGGAGAGUAGUCCAGUGGAACAGCCCAGAGGCAGGCUCUAUCAGAUACACUGCUCUGUAUCACAUUGGCAUAGCCUACCUGGAGGGCUAUGGGGUCCAGCAAUCCAAUACAGAGGCAGAAAGUUACUGGCUCCUUGCUGCUGAUGAGGGAAACCCCAAAGCCUGUGUAAAAGCUCAGAGUUCACUGGGUAUGUUCUACUCUAGACCUGAGACAUAGGACCUUAAAAGGGCGUUCUUCUGGCACUCAGAGGCCUGUGGCAAUGGCAGUCUGGAGUCCCAGGGUGCACUGGGGAUCAUGUACUUGUAUGGUCAGGGCAUCCAGCAGGACCCCAAGGCUGCCAUGGAGUGCCUGAAGGAAGCGGCUGAGCAGGGGAGUGUGUACGCCCAGGCCUACCUGUCUGCCUACUACUACCACAGGAAGCUCUACUCCAGAGCAGCAGCCCUUGCCAAAAGAAUUUCCAAUUACGAUGACAUCGCCAGGGUCACUGACUGCCUGCCUGAAUACGUCACUAAGGGUGUGGCCAUUGCUCUUUUCUACUACGCCCGCUGUCUGGAACUGGGAAAGGGGGUUCCUCAGAGCAAGGAACAGGCCUGGCAAUACUUCACUAAGGCUGCUCUGCUAAACACAGAAGUAUGCAAGGACCUCCAGAUGGACAUCAUCUUCAGCAGAAUGUAGCGAUCCACCAUCAUGACCCUAGUUAAGGAGUCCACAUAGCAGUCUCCUCCGUUGCUUUGAGAUGACCUGAGUAAAUAACAUCAGACCUGAAUGCUUUGUGUUCAGUGUGCGGGUUUGGUAUUGAUAAGAGUAUGUUGAUUGUGUGCCCAGUGUAAAUGAAGAAGUGUAAGAACUGUUAAAUACCUAUAGACUCCACACAUUAGAACGGUGUUACCGGUACUACUCUGCAUGAACCGGUGGUCCUUGAAUUCAGAUGAACCGGGGGUCCUUGAAUUCAGAUACAAUUUGUAGCAUCCAAAUUCAGAUGGUUCCAAUCAUUCAUACAAUUAUGAGGAGCUUACAUUGACAAGGAAUUAGCCUAAAAAAUAUUAGCUAACAAGUCAUACAUUUUUCUUUUGCAAUUUAUUGCUUAUAAAUGCUCUAAACAUUUUUUGGGUAAAAAUAAAAUCUAACAAUAAGUCACAAAUAAAAUUGUCACAAUGACUUUACAUGACAUAUUGCACAAUGAAGCCGUUCUACAAUGAACAUAAUGUAACAUAUUGGUGGGGAAUGUAUUUGAGGUCGGUAUGCAGCUUGUUUCUUCUAUAUAUGAGCACAACACUCAUCAUUUCACAACUAUUCACAUUUUGGAUCCAAAACAAAGUAAUCAAUCAAUAGCCUGGCUUUCUGCAACAGACCUUGGCAGUGGGACUGAUUUGUCAUUUUCAGCUACUGGAAAAAAAUUAAAUAAACAUGUAAGGUAGUAACAGGAACAGAAGCUUGUCUCCCUAGUUUGAGCACUACAUAAUCAAAUGCAUUCAGAUAAAGGUAGGGCAGAAUAACAGAAAGGACAUCAUCCAUUCAGCUUCAUCUCAUCGUUUAGCAUACCAUGCUGGAACAUUAUAGUACCUCUGUGUUGAUGUUACAUUUGUCUUCAUGAUCUAUCUGUUGAGUUAAAAUUAAAAAAUCAAGUUUGAACAAAAGAUAAUACAUAAUCCUUCAACGAGUGUCUCUCCCCUGAAAACCAAGACAACUAAAGCCAUGUUGAUCUCCAGGAGCACCUCCAUUUCCUUCACUGAGUGUGUGUGUGUUAGGCUGAGUCCCCAAAUGGCACCCUAUUCCCAACAGUGCACUACUUUAUGCCCUCUGG